GGCUCGUAGGGACAAGCCGUCUCACAGCUAACGGAUCUACUUUCUUUCACGUAGUUCUUUGCCAAGAAAGUACACGUGCUUGACAUAAUGCAGAAGAAACAAAAAGAACCGAUCCAUUCUGUGCAAGUCUUUGGACGCAAGAAAAGUGCAACUGCAGUUGCAUAUUGCAAACGAGGCCGUGGAAAUCUUCGGGUAAAUGGAAGACCAUUGGAAUUGGUUGAACCGCGUGUUUUACAAUACAAAUUACAAGAACCUAUUUUGCUCCUUGGAAAGGAGAAAUUCGCUGGUGUAGAUAUCAGAGUUAGAGUAAAUGGAGGUGGUCAUGUGGCACAAGUUUAUGCCAUUCGUCAAGCUAUUUCCAAAGCUCUUGUAGCUUAUUAUCAGAAAUAUGUCGACGAAGCAAGUAAGAAGGAAGUGAAAGAUAUUUUAAUACAAUACGAUCGUACUCUCCUAGUCGCAGAUCCAAGGAGAUGCGAACCAAAAAAGUUUGGCGGUCCGGGAGCCAGAGCACGGUAUCAGAAGUCGUACCGUUAAUACAUAUGUUUUUAACUGUCGUAUUGAACUUUAUUUAUACCAUUGAAUAAAGAAGAAAAUCUCUUUGCAAACGUGAAAA